AUGAUGCACCGCCAGCCGACUCUUGCAAAGAAUCUUGGCAAUCCUACUCCUCUGGGACUUGGGGCUUUCGUGCUUACCUUCACGCCGCUUGCGUGUUGUUUGAUGGCCUGGAGAGGCGCUGGUGGAGGUGGUGCUGCCUUCAAUGGAGUUAUUAUCAUGCUCGGUGGAAUUUUGCUGGUGAUCUCUAGUAUUCUAAAAUUUAUUCUUGGAAAUACAUUUAGUUCGGUUGUUUUCGGCCACUUAGGUGGAUUCUGCUUGGCCUUUGGUGCUAGCAUGACUCCAGCAUUCAACUCUACAGACGGAACCAAUACAUUGGCAGGUCUUCAUAGCCCCGGAUUUGUGAACACUUUCGCAUUCUUCUUUCUGUUCAUGGCGCUACUAAUGGUGAUCUAUACCGUUUGCGCAACUCAAACAAAUCUGCCGUUUUUACUAAUCUUCGCGAGCUUGAUCGUCGUAUUCUCGCUCCUAGCUGCCGCGUACUGGAAACUGGGUGCUGGAAAUGAGAUAAUGGGUAAUCGCUUGACAGUUGGCGCCGGCGCUGCUCUAUUCGUCGCUACUAUUCUAGGCUUCUACCUAUUGACUGCCCAACUACUUGACUCUGUUGGGUUCCCUCUCUCCUUACCCAUUGGAGAUUUCAGUAGUCUUUGGACUCGCGCACAUAGACAGUAA